AUGCAUUCCUACAACUACUCUCCUUUGACCGAUGCCGAUUCCAUUCGGGUGAUGGUUUUGUAUCCUCUUCAGCUUGAGGGCACAUAUGAGAGGCUUAUUUAUUGCGACCUUGUCCAGACGCGGCUUUCUGAUGUCACCAGCGACGAAAAUGCCUAUACCGCAAUCUCGUACGUAUGGGGAGAAAAGCGAUAUAGUAACCUUAUUUGCGUCCUGAGCGAGGAAAGCUACCUCUACAUUGGCUCCAACCUGUACUCGUUGCUCAAGAACCUUCGCCAAGCUGACGAGGUAUUAUGUCUUUGGGUGGACGCGAUUUGUAUUAACCAAGACGACAUAACAGAGCGGAACCGCCAAGUUCACCAGAUGUGCGACAUCUUCUCAUCCGCUAGGGAAACCAUCGUGUAUUUAGGAGACGCCGAUGGCGGGAACACCGGGCUAUCCGCCUGGAACUUUCUGGAAAGCCGGAGCACCUGGGCCUUGAACGACUACGGCCACAUCGACUUCGACAGGCCCGCAACUAUGCGGGAAGCGUUAGACUUCAAAGGAGAUAUCUCGGAUGUGGAGAUUGACGUGCUGCCGCGGCCGUGGUUUCGCAGGGUGAAGCGCUACGAUGAUGGUGGUACCUACAUCGUGAACUCGCUGCAGAGGGCCAGGCGGCUUGAGGCAUCAGAUCCCCGUGACAAGGCCUUCGCGCUUCUUGGAAUCUCGACCGGAUUCGACAAGGGUCAUCCGGAUACGUCCGCCAACUACGAGAAAACGACCAAGCGGGUAUAUGCGGACCUUGCGGCCUAUAUUCUUCAGACUACGGAUAGUUACGAUCUCUCCAGUUAUCUGGACAAUGGAAGCGAAUCGAUACAAGGCCAGCGGGUAUUCGACGCCUCCAUAUUGGACCUCCCGUCAUGGGUACCGAAUUGGAACAGGUCCGAGUGGGGGACGGGGCACAUCUCCCGCUCGCUCUUCGGGACUCUUGAGCUAGAACUAGAAGCGUAG